CUCUCCUGUAUGGGCAUUUGCAGUUAGGCAGGUAGGUACAAUACAAAUAUUGUUUCAGUAACAGAGAAAAGCUUUAAAAAUGCAAAACGCAACCGACGAUUCUGUGAUGGUUACUGAAGAAGAACAUAACAAUAGCCCAAUCACCGAGUCGCCUACUGGGGGUGAGUCGGAAGUCGGUGGUGGAGCUGAGUCUGCUGAACUCGGUGGUGCUGGUGGCUUUGGAGGCGGUGGAGGUGGUGUUAGUGUGAGUAGUAGGGUGAAAGGACCUUGGUCUCCGGAGGAAGACUCAGUAUUGAAUGAACUUGUAGGUAAGUUUGGUGCGAGAAAUUGGAGCUUGAUCGCCCGUGGAAUUCCUGGUCGGUCUGGUAAAUCUUGUAGGCUUAGAUGGUGUAACCAACUUGACCCUUGCCUCAAGCGCAAGCCUUUUACUGAUGAGGAGGAUCGUAUUAUAAUUUCAGCCCAUGCAAUCCACGGAAACAAAUGGGCAGCAAUUGCGAGGCUCCUGCCAGGCAGAACAGAUAAUGCAAUCAAGAAUCACUGGAAUUCUACUUUGAGGCGUAGAUGCAUUGACCAAGGGAGGCUUAAACCAGGACCAAGUGAUGCAACAAAAGAUGGUAGCCGUGACAAAACAAAGGCAUCAUCCGAAGAAACUCCAUCAGUUGGUACUGUCAAUUCACUGAGGCCCCUAGAAGGAAGACGUUUCCCAAUUGACGACCAACCUAGCCAGCAAGAAGACCAAGUUCAAAAAGACAAUAUCUCUCAAUUAAAUGCGAGUCGUUUUGUUUCUGAGCCUCAAGUUCAUCCUACUCUCCCUCGUCCUAAAGCACGUGUUAGUGCAUUUAGUGUUUACAGUCCUCCUAGUGGCCCAAAAAUUGGCUGUGUGCAUUCAAGAUCAAAUCCAACUCAGGGUCCUUUGGUUCAAGCUUCAAGAACAGAUGUUGGACUUCACAAAUUCCUUAAAGAUAUUAAUGUUGAUCCCGUGGUCCCUUUGCGAUGUGGAUAUGGUUGUUGUUCAAUGCCAAGUGGAAACCAUCCUCCUCGCUCAUUGUUGGGUCCUGAGUUUGUUGAAUAUGAAGAGCUCCCCUCUUUCUCAAGUCAAGAAUUAGUUUCAAUUGCUACAGACUUGAACAAUAUUGCGUGGAUCAAGAGUGGCCUUGAGAACAGUAGCAGCGGAAUACCAAGCACUGCUGCAAGCUACAGAAUGUCUCAAGGGGCUUCUGUUGGCUCACAAAUGGUGAUGUCAUCAGAACAGAAUUUAAGAAAUAGCCAUAUGGCUUAUGAAGAGGGAAGAAACAAAUUGAUGGGGAUGAUGACAGAUACUUUAUCAACCCAGAUGCCUGCACAACCUUUUGCAAUGCGACCUGAAGUGGAGAGCUUAAGCUAAACUUGUAGCUGAUUUCCUUUUUUGGUACUUCUUUUUGGGAAAAAUAUAUAGAAGUUAAGAAUAUGAUUUUGUGCAGAGGCUCCUUAUCUGUCAGUGAAGAGAUGGUGUCAUUUGUUUAAUAGAUUCUGCUUCUGAAAAAUGUAUCAGAAUUGAUUCAGUAAGGAAUGAAAUUUGUUUAUACAAAUUAUCCAGUGCUUAUGUAUUUCUCAGUCUUGAUGAUCUA